AUGCUUUGUGCUUAUUGCAGAAACACGCGUCACGCUUCCUUGCGUCCAGCCGUGCCUGAAAUCACAGCCACGAUCAACAGCACAGGCCUGACCGCGCAGGAGAAGGAUGUUCUCGCCCGCCGUGAGAAGGACAAAGGCAACGGAGCCUUCAGGAGCGGCGACUAUGAGGAGGCCGUGGUGUAUUACAGCAGGAGUCUGUCUCUGGCGCCUUCAGUCGCUGCUCUCAAUAACCGCGCUCAGGCUCACAUCAGACUGCAGCACUGGAGCACAGCUCUGAGCGACUGUGACGCCGUUCUGCAGCUGGAGCCUGGAAACGUCAAAGCUCUACUCCGUCGUGCCACAGCACACAAACAUCUGGGUCACCAGCAGCACUCCCACGCUGACCUGAGAGCCGUUCUCCUGAUCGAGCCGCACAACGCCACAGCGCUGAAGCUCCUGAUGGAGGAGACAGAGAGCGAUGGGCAUCAGGAGACACGCCGCACAGGCCGGAAGAUCCUCAUUCAGGAAGUGGAUGAAGACGACGAGUGCCUGCGGAACGAGAGAGAGAGAGAAACUGACGCUCAGGAUGAAGGCAGAGAGGAGAAGCGGGAGGUUAGCGGGGAAGAGAGUGGAAUCAUGGGAAAUGCACUCAAGAUGCCCGGCUGCGCCAACACGGAGACAGACGCACCGACCAAUGACUGCAGCAGCAGACGAGACGUGACACGUGUCGACGCCCACAAUGAAGCUCCGCCCACUGGACACACCCACCAGAGGAGUGAGGGACACAGAGGAGCGUCUGGAGAAACUCUGACAGAGAGACACACACACAACCACUCUGAACACACAACAGCAGAGUUUGAGCUCCUGAAGCAUGAUGGGAAUGCUCUGGUGCGGAGCGGCUGCUAUCAGGAGGCAGUGGACAGAUACACUGGAUGUCUUCAGCUGAAGCCGCACGAAUGUGCCGUUUACACCAACAGAGCGCUCUGCUACAUCAAACUCCAGCGCUUCACUGACUGUGACUCCGCCCUUCAGCUCCAACCCACCAAUAAGAAAGCUUUCUACAGACGUGCACUGGCCAAUAAGGGCCUGAAGGAUUACGCGGCGUGUCGUUCAGACCUGCAGCAGGUGUUGUGUCUGGAUGCGAGUGUGACGGAGGCGGAGCAGCUUCUGAUGGAGGUCACACAACUGAUGACAGACAGCAGAGGUUCAUCAGGAACUAGAAGAACCGUCACCAUCACUGAGGUGGAUGAUGAUGAUGAUGAUGAAGAUGAUGAAGAUGAGGGCAGCGAUGCAGUCGUGUCGUCCGUCUCUGUGCGGUCGUGUGAUGUGUUUGAGUUCGGUCAGGUGCUGGGCAGCGCUGUCUCUGGCGGUGACCUGCUGACCUGCGCUGAGCUCCUGCGCUCCGUCGCACCCGAACGCCUGCCGCGGCUCAUCAGCACACAGCUGGACGGACACACGCUGGGCUUCAUCAUACGGGCGCUGAACACACACCUGCUGCACACACACCCCGAGCUGGUGUUCCUGCACCUGCAGCAGCUGCACACGGCACACAGGCUCACGAUGGUGCUGAUGAUGUUGAGCGGUGAGGAUCACACACAGCUCUCACAGAUCUUCCAGAAGCUUCAUGCAGUGCAGACUGAAGCGUUCUCACAAAGUGACGUCUCAAACCUGGCCAACAAAUACCUGUGACGCUCCUUCAGCCUUCCCAUGAUUCCACACUCCUCCUCAGUCGCUGACCCUCGCAGCUGUUUUCAGAAUGAUUGUGUUUCGCUGUGAGAGCAGCUUUAGUUCUGAGUUCUCGAUGUAAGAUGAUUUUAUAAACGAGUGUUCAGGUCAA